AUGACACUCAAAACGGGCAGGAACUCAAUCAUCGGAAACACACUUGCCAACAUCGCGAGACCUCGGGGAAGAAAACCAUCUCGCUUGGUUGAUAAGUGUUGCACAACGACCACAUCGCACGAUGACCAAAGAUUGAAGGCCAACGUACCUCUUAAAGCACAAUAUUUACCGGUAGAUGAAUUUACUUUGGGUGGUGACUGCUUAUUGAAAGAGUGCCCGGAGGGAGGGGAAUCCAGACGUUAUGCAAAGAUGAGAUUGUGUCCAUUAUGCGGACCGAAGCUAUCGGCUUUUUGCAUGAUAAUGUCAGUUUGGGGUGUUCUCUUUCUUGGUCUGCUUGGAGUGUUUUUUUAUGUUCAGGCGGUAAAUUUAUUCCCGGAUCUUCACUUCGAACAGGAAGAACCAGUAGAAGGGAUCGUUUUGCCGCUGACAACUGCCGUUAUUGAGGAUAAGUAUGCGGAAAAAGCAACGCAGUGCUGGGUAGCUGCUGGUUUAAAAGCAUCUGAUAUGGUUGGUGAUUGGAUUGUGGUCAAAAAAUUGGGUAGAGGUGGUUGCGGAGCUGUAUUUGAAGUAUGUACAAAACAUGGGAAUGAAACAAAACAUCUAGCGAUGAAAGUAGAAUCGCGCGAUUUGGAUCACAAUGAUCAAUUACUUCGAGCAGAAGCUGGAAUUUUGAAACGUAUGCAGUAUUCCAAACAUGUCCCCAUUUUUGUCGCAGCAGGUCGUACAGCAAUGUUUAAUUUCCUGCUUAUGGAAUUGCUCGGGAAAUCACUCAGCGAAUUACAUAAAGUAGCACCGCAUCACCAAUUUACAAUGGCUACAGUUUUAAAAAUUGCUCUUCAAGCACUUAAUGCUCUUCGUGACCUCCACAGCAUUUACUUUAUACACCGCGAUGUAAAGCCAGGAAAUUUUGCAAGCGGUUUGAAAAAUGUUAAUAUAUUAUAUAUCCUGGAUUUCGGCUUAUCACGACAAUUUGCUACAUACGAUGCGACAACGAAAGCACUUAAAUUACGCAAGCCACGUGCACGUGCAUCAUUUCGUGGUACCGUCGCAUACUGCAGCGUUAAUGUACAUAAACAUUUGGAACAAGGACGUCACGAUGAUUUAUGGUAUCUGAGAAAAAAUUAUUGA